AUGUUCCUGACAGAAUUGCUCUACUCGAUGAAAUACGAUCCCUCGUUGAGAUUAAAGCUUUCGAUCAUAUUUUUCUGCAUCAUUGGAUUUCUCGAUUGCAUCACUUCUCUUCCCAUCGGUCUCUACGGAAUACUCGUCGGAGGCUUAAACACUCCGAACGCCGAUGAACAACAAGAUCAUUGCAAUCAUGAGCUUCUUCUCAAUUUAAUCAUUGGAUUGGGCUUUCUAGACAUGAUCGGAGCAGCCCUUUCUCUCUCCUUUUCAUCGAUUUUGAUAAUUAUGGGCUACAAAUUCUUUUACGAUCCCAAUGCCAAUGAACAACCGGAAUCACAAGUGGCAGAUUCUGUCCGGGAAUAUGGACACUUUAAUCAAGAGUCCUCGGAAUCCAUCGAAGAUGUCCACAACUCCACUCCCGAAGAUCCCGAACUCCAAAAUCGGAAAUUGGAACUCUUAAUGAAAGGCAAUGAAAAACUUUCUGCCAAACUUCACAACAGUCUACUUUACGUCGGAAUUUCACGAAUUUUAUUUUCCUUUGUAUUUUUCGUCUUGUCCUGUAUUGUGAGUGAAAUGAUCUUCCAAAUGAGUGAUUCCUGUCGACGAGAUAAUCCCUUUCUCUAUGACACGAGUGCUACUUUUAUGAUUUUGAGAUGGAUCAUUUAUGUGUUUAGUUUUGUGUUGUUGAUUCCAUUGUGUAUUGGAUUUUGGAAUCUUGUGUUAUCCAAUUCGGAAUCUUUAUUGAUCAAGACCAUUCGAAAACAAUUGAAAAAGUGUAAACAUGGAAUGAUGAACAUUAGAAAUUAUUUAUUUGGUGUUGAGAGUGGUGGAAAUGAUCAUCGACACUCGGUUCGCACAGAAGACAAUCAAUAUUUCACAACGAAUCAAUAUCAUAAUGGUGAUGAAUUGUAA